GAACACUGCUCCCUACUGGGCACAUAGAGUAUAGACUUAACUUUUCGAAUUUUACAUCAACAAUCAGUAUUGCACGGAUUCAUUGUUUCGGCGAUUAAAAUUUCCUAAAUAUAACUGUGCAAGAUUUUAGUGCAUGCAAAACAUCAUUCUGUAUAUUUCAGUACAUGCGGUUGUUCUGAAAACAGAACAAGUCUGCCACCUCACAUCAACGGUCGGCAGUCAGUCAUCACAACCAGGUGGAUGAGGUUAGAUGCGGGUCUUUCUCUGUGUUGUAUUUACACAAAGCACAAACUCCCGGCUAAGACGUGGGAUAAGAGGCGGCAGUAACGUUCUCCGCUAGAAUGAAACCAGUAAUUUGGGAAACGGUUACAUUUUUAAACACCUCCUUUCAUGUGAAGUAAUGUUUGCACAUUCCUCAAAUUCUCACCCAGAAAUUAUAUACCGGUUGAGACUGUGAAUGAAAGAUGUCCCGUCGCAGAUGGUUUUGCAAAGCGUUCGGGGGUGGGCAGAGAGGGGGGAGACGGAGGGGGAGGGGGGGGAGGUGCGCAAGGAACGCAGUUCCAUGGUCUCCCCUUUCCCGGAGGCGCCUGCCCUUGCUCCUAUUCGGGACUGGGAUUCACCUGCCCGGCCAAGUGAAGGGGCAUCACACCCCAGCCAACCCCGUGCGGGACUCAGCAAAUGGGACAGGGACUCUCCGACAGGUAGCGUUUCUCCACGACGAGGGGUUCCCUUCACGACCCAGGCACCGUGCACUCAAGUGCAGGUUGGACUACAAACCUAAGAGCUUCCUAAUCGAGUAAUACAGCACGGAAACAGGCCCUUCGGCCCAACCAGUCCAUGCCGACCAAGAUACCCAUCUAAACUAGUCCCAUUGGCCCGCAUCCCUCUAAACCUUUCCUAUCCAUGUACCUGUCCAAGUGUUUAGUUAUUAGUGCCUUUACAUGUUGUUACUCGCUAUGUCCAUCCCACAUCACUGCGCUAAAGAUGUCAACCCGCUUUUCGAAGGCAAAAUUCCAUUAACCAAUUCCCUUGCCAACUCGGGAGACACAAGAGACUGCAGAUGCUGGAAUCUGGAGCAAGAAAAAACGGCCCGGAGCUUGGCCCGCUGAGUUCCUCCAGCAUUUUAAUGUCUAGCCCCUGUCAACUUACAGUAAGAUUAAAGGCUGCGUGCAGGUGCAUAGAGAGAGAGCGAGAGAGACGAUUCUGGCAUCAUUUCCCCCAAUAAGCUUUCCUUGAAAAUGACUGUCCCUGGGAUGUAAUCAGAUAAUCAGCCAUCGUUGAACCAGUGACCCAGACUUUACGAUUGGUCAUUACGAACAAUAUUUCGCGCCGCCAAGUUUGGGGUGCGUGGUUGGAGAGUGUGAACCCACGUCGCUUUCACAAUCAGGUCUUGACUGAGUAAACGGGUGACGCUGUUUGGACGGCGGUGAUUGGGUUACCGCCAGGCUAUUGCCAAAGGGAAGGGGGAGGGUGCGGUGGGAACCUCGCCUUUAACACGCAGCGGUGACGAUCUGUUGCAGCCGGUGCCGGUAUGAGAACUCGCUAUAAAUUCAAUGGUACUCUACCUUCCCUCUUAGACUCGACUCCCUUCUCCGCUGGUCGCAGUGAGGAGGGGGAGGUGACAGCAGCUUUGCAAAUAACUUUACUUGCAAAAUAAACAUUGCAAGGCUAAACAUUUGGGAACUUGGGAAGUUUGCGGUGUCUUUUCAUGAUUUAGCUUUGAGAUAAUUAUUUAGCGACCGGUUCAUUUUUUAUCGCAUUUUUUUUUUCUUAUUAUCCCCUGCAUUGCCUGCGGACAAUGUUGUGGUUGCUCGCCGUGUGGAGUGUGCCGGUGCUGUGCCUUGCGGGUGAGCCGCCGGCUCUCGGUCGGAGGCACGCCGAGCGGAAUCUGUUCCCCCUGCGGCCGGGAUGGAGGAAGAGGAGCGGGAUAGUGCAGGCGGUGGAUCGGAUCUACGCGGGGGACGGCAAGCUCGGUUACAUGCUGUACGCGGACGGCAAGAGGUUCCUGCUGGACCUGCAGCGGGACGAAGCUGUCACCUCGCCCCGCUUCGGCGCCUCUGUGCUGGGGGGCUUGGAGCUGGGCGAAGGGACGAGCGGCCGCUGCUACUACCGGGGAACGGUGGACAGUAACCCAGAGUCGCUGGCCGUCUUCAACGUGUGCGGGGCUCUGGAUGGCUUCUUUGCCCUGGGCAACUCGCGUUACACCAUCAGCCCGUUGUUGGCCGGCACGGGAUCCCGGGGGCACCGGGCGUUCGGGGAUGGCUCGGAGCCGGUGCUUCACAUCUUCUCCAGGGAUGGUUUCAGGUUCCAGACCUUGGGGCAGCCCAGCCGCUGCGAGAUCCGUGACAAGGACGGGCAGCCCGCCAGGCGCAAGCAUCCCAACUCCUCCGACAGCCCGGGGGAGCCGAAGCUGCCCGGCCGCUCCAAGCGCUCGGUGUCCCGGCCACGGUACGUGAAGCUGCUGCUGGUGGCCGACGCCUCCAUGUCCGCCAAGUACGGGCGCAACAUCCAGCACUACCUGCUGACGCUGGCUUCCAUCGCUUCCAAGCUGUUCGGCCACGCCAGCAUUGAGAACCCGGUGCGCCUGGCCGUGGUCAACAUCACGGUCAUCGGCGAUGCGGCCGAAGGUCCGCGGGUCAACAAGAACGCCGCCACCACCCUGAAGAGCUUCUGCGAGUGGCAACACGCCCGGUACGGCGAGGCGGACGGGCAGACGGAGCGGCACGAUGCCGCCCUCCUCUUCACCCGAGAGAAUCUGUGUGGACACCAGUCGUGUGAUACCUUGGGAAUGGCAGACGUCGGGACUAUAUGCUCCCCUCACCGUAGCUGUGCGAUCAUUGAAGAUGAUGGCCUCCACGCUGCGUUUACAGUCGCUCAUGAAGUUGGGCAUCUGCUAGGGCUAUCGCACGAUGAUUCCAAAUUCUGUGAGGAAUCUUAUGGCUUGACAGAGGAUAAGCGACUAAUGUCUUCCAUCCUGACCAGUAUUGACUCCUCCAAACCCUGGUCCAAGUGCACUUCAGCCACAAUAACCGAGUUCUUUGAUGAUGGCCACGGAGACUGCCUCCUCAAUCCUCCAAAGAAGCCCAUGCGGACACCAGAGGAGCUGCCAGGGCAGAGCUACGACGCAGCCCGCCAGUGCAAGCUGGCCUUCGGACCGGAGUACACAGUCUGCCCGGGGAUGGAUGUGUGCUCCCGCUUGUGGUGUGCCGUCAUCCGUCAGGGGCAGAUGGUGUGCAUGACCAAGAAGCUGCCCGCCGUGGAAGGGACCCCCUGCGGGAAGGGGAGGAUCUGCCUGCACGGGAAGUGUGUGGACAAAACCAAGAGGAGGUACUACUCGGUUUCUGCGAAUGGCAACUGGGGAUCCUGGGGCUCGUGGGGUCCGUGCUCACGAACGUGCGGAGGGGGUGUUCAGUUCGCCCACCGGCACUGCAAUAACCCGGCUCCCCGAAACAACGGCAAAUACUGUGUAGGCAAACGGGCCAUCCAUCGAUCGUGUAACGUGACACCUUGCCCGCAAACCGGCAAAUCUUUCCGAGACGAACAGUGUGAGGCAAGAAAUGGGUAUCAGACCGAUGCCAAAGGAGUCAAAACCUUCGUGGAGUGGGUUCCAAAGUACGCUGGAGUGAUCCCUGCAGAUGUCUGCAAGUUAACCUGUCGAGCAAAGGGAACGGGAUACUAUGUAGUGUUCUCCCAGAAGGUAACAGACGGAACGGAAUGCCAACCGUACAGCAAUUCAGUUUGUGUGCGUGGUCGCUGUGUUAAGACGGGCUGCGAUGGUAUAAUUGGCUCCAAACUGCAGUAUGACAAGUGUGGAGUGUGCGGCGGAGAUAGUAGUACUUGUGUGAAAGUAUCUCGAACUUUUACCAAGAGAAGUGUUGGGUACAGAGAAGUGACAAGAAUCCCUGCCGGGGCGAUCCAUAUCAAAGUGAGACAGCACAAACCCAAGGGUCAGCAGCGAUUCACUGCUUACUUGGCAGCCAAGAGGAAGAACGGGGACUAUCUUUUCAAUGGCAAGUACAUGAUCUCAACUUCGGAGACCAUCAUUGACCUCAAUGGCACGGUGCUCAACUACAGUGGAUGGAGCCAGAGAGAUGAUGAGAUGCAUUCCAUGGGCCACGGCCCAUUGAAGGAGCCGUUGAUCAUUCAGAUUCUUGCCACCGACCCCGGGAAACCAGUUGACGUGCGCUACAGCUACUUUAUCCCAAAGAAGCCACAGCCUGCGACCAGUGAGAAUGCCAUCAAAACUCUGGCUGCACAAUCCCACCUGCCCAAGUGGAUGACAGGACCUUGGUUGACAUGUUCCAGAACCUGCGACACUGGCUGGCAGACUAGAACCGUUCAGUGCAAGAAUGGAGAAGGGAAGUUGGCCAAAGGGUGUCCCCUGUCCCAAAGACCAUCAGCAUUUAAACGGUGCUUUCAGAGAAAUUGUUAAUGCACAUUUACCUGUAAGAGUCUCUUUUUUUUUAAAGUUUGUCAUUCCAUUUUCUGUGUUAAUUUAAAAUUCUCAGAGGGAAGGAAGGAAAACAUUCUCAGUGUAUCUUGACGUUAAGCAGAAAUUGCUCCUACAUCAAGAACGUGGGCAGAAUCCAUCUCAUUAUCCAAAUGAGUGCACGUUGGAGAGUGGGGGAGCAUCGGACACAUGGCUCCAGGAGUCUACAGAUUUGGUGAGAACGAGUGAGUAGAAGCUGAUGGCAGCUGGCAUGUCACCUACCUCAGAUGCCUCCCUCAUCCACGUUGAAAUGAGAACCUGGCAACUAUCCUUUCCACAGUUAUCAGGCAGUGCAUUGAUUCCAGAAUCCUUUCCAUCCCUUCCGUAGAAGCAGACAUCUGCAGUUUUGGCACAGCCUCCAUUUUGCUUUGCUCUUCCGUGGCCUCUUGAUUGGGGCCAGUGACUGAUUCCUGGGAGUUUGACUAAGAGAGUGCAGGACUGACUGCAUCCUCCAAUGACGGUGAAAGGCGCCAGCUGCGUGAAUGUUUGUGAAAGGAAUGAGUAAUCUGGUGUCUCAAUGAGAUCACUGCACUUUGCGGACUCUCGGUGGAACAUAUGCCACAGUGAUUGCAUUAGAGUGUUUAGUGUUAUUGCCUCUCGCUACAUUGCCUGGCCGUGAACCACUUGUGAUGGACUUUCUUAAACGAAGCACUAUAUGAUUCCAGUUUGUAAUUGCAAAUCUCUCUGGCACAAGAAUGAAGAGCUGUCUGGAGUUGAACAGCAGAAGGGAAGCAGGUAUGGAAAAUCCAACAUUGUAUCCCUGAUGGACCAUCAACCAUACUGACUGCGUUCCAAUUGGUGAAUGAACAAUGCAAACCUGAAGCCACACCAAAGACCUUUCCCAGAAAAUAGUGGUUUUACAGAACAUCUAAAUCAAUUAUCAUCUCAACUUACCACUCUUAACUUGAGUGAAUAUCUGUCCAUGGUUUGUCCCAACCCACCGUGUACUCUGCUUGGUGUAUCAGUAGCAUCACAGAACUCCAAAGGACAGAAAGGACAAGCUUGUGUUUCAUCUCCGACUGAAGGAAUUUUUUUUCCUUUGACACAUACUUUACAGUGCAGGUUAUAAACUGGUGGGAGCAUGGAAUUAAUUGUCAAUAAGGUACUUUGAUCUGAUGAAACAGCAGUUCCUUUCAAAGUUGUCUCACCAGGGGAUGGGGAUGAUGAAAGGGAGUAAAUUCAGGUCUGGUUCUGAUAUUUGCUUAAGGACAGUUCAUCAAAUAAUUUGGAAAUUUUCAGUAACUAGCAAUUCCACAUGAUGGGAACAGGAGUAGCAGACAGAAGGAAGUUUACUUCCAAUGGGACUGACUUUUCCACUCCAAAUUGCUUAUUAGAAAAGCUGCCUCAAAAUCCAAACUGUGUAUUACAAGACUGCACUGGGGCAGCCCUGGCCCAAUGGGGACCAAGUACACACAUCCCGAAAAGCCUUUGGUUUACAGCUGUGAGCUUGCCAAAGGUCAGUUUUAAGAGGGCAAUUAGUCAGUCAAUUCAUGGGCUUCACGAACCGUCCACUGCCAAUUCCAUGAUUUUAAAAAGGGACGUGGUGACUUACAUUAAAAGUAGAUGAUUUUACUCACCAUCCUGCAAGGGGUUCUAUGGAGUCAUUUAGGGUGUUUCUGAUUAGCUAGCUGUGAUUUCCAUGGUAGCUAUCAAACCAGUGCUAGAAGCUAUCUAAUCAGAAGUUAUUUGCAGGUGGGAAAAUGUGCAAUUUUUAUAGUUAAUGCUUUUAGUUUCCUGCUUCAUCCCUCAUCUUAAUGAAGCACUCAGCUGCCAUGCCACUUAUAAAUGCAUCAUUAUCUCUUUCCAAAUGGUUCUGUUAUUACUCAUUCUCAAAAUAUAGUUGUACCUGUGAAGUCAAACUUUCCCCAUCCCUAUUUAUCAGGAGAAGCUGUUGCUGACAGGCUUUCUGCUGUUGUAUUGGUACAGCAGCAUUGUGUUUGCCGACUCAGUUAAGAAUCAACCACAUCGGUGUGGAACUGAAGUCACACAUAAGCUGGUGAGAUAAAGGCAGCAAGUUUCCUUGCCUGAAGGUCAUUAAUUGAUCAUUUCAGCACUUAUGAUAACGCAACCACUGUGGUCACUUUUACUGCCAACGGCUUUUUAAUUCUAGACUCUUUCUGAACUGAAUCCAAAGUCACAGACUAGCAAGAGGAGACUUGGCAUUGCAUUAUUAGGAUUAUAUGUCCAGACUUCAGUCUAGCCAGACUAUAUGUGACUUCAGUCCUACGAACCCAGUUACAUAACCACUAUGUUGAAUGCACAAUGUAGUACUGAACCACAAGUUCAGUCCUUCCUUAUGCUUGAUCUCAAAGGAACAAGUAAAGAUUGUUGUCAUUGUUGAGAUAAGACCGUUCAACUCAUUCAAAUUGCCGCUGUGAUGGCCUAACUCUUCCAGCCUAUUUCUUUAUCUCUAUUGUGUUCCUGGUAAGCAUGUCUAUCUCCUAUCUGUAAGUGGCCUCCUCGCAAUUUCAGUGAAUAUAUUAGCAUAGGUUUCACUUACCCUAGGGAGGAUAAAAAUUACCACUUGUAAUGGGAUUGAGUAACCAAACUGAUCCAGGGACAUGAGUUCAAGUCCCACCACAGCAGCUGAGGAACUGUACUUCAUCUGGAGUCUGCCACGCUCACCUGGUCUGGCUCCAGACCCACAGCUUUGUGGCUGACACAUGGAAAGAUGUUUCAUAGCAAACCACUCCGUUCAAGAGAAGCAGAGAUGACAAUUAAAAACCGGCCUUGGCAGUGACUACCAAAUCCUGUGAAUGGAUAAAUAAAGAAUAAGUUGCACUGCCAUACUAACCUGUAGAGUGAAGAUCUUACACAAUUUCAAUAUCACAUGUUGAUUCUUGCGUAUGCCAGAGAUGCAAUAAUUGUCUAUGUUGGUGAGAUAGAGUAGAAGGAAAGAUCUUUAGACCUAUCGAUACCCAAAUUUUUUUCAAUUAGCCACACUUAAACAAUACUUUAGAAAACUAAGUUGUAUGGUUGCCCUUUCAAUCAGACCAUGCCAACUGGAUUGUUGUUCUGUCUAAAGUGAAAUCAAAUUGGACCCAAUCUGAAACUGGUUUGGUCUCCGAAUGACCUAAAAGCAGUUGACUACAGUGUCCUAGUCUCUACCUCUACUCUCAGAGAGAUUGUAGCACAUUAAAAAAAAAGGAGCAAGCUACUCUUAAUGUGGAUCAGUGAUGAAGAUAACCUCUUUUGUCUCUAUAUGUUGUUUAUAAAGAGUUCAUAACUUCUAGAAUAUUUAUUACAGUUCCCAGGACUUCAGUGAAAGUCUGUCAAGAAAGCAUGUGUACAUCUGGCAUGGCAAGGUUCAACUUUCUAAAAGACUAGUAUUGAAACCAUGCAAUUUCUACUUAUAGAAUUGGAAUGGAAUAUAGCUAAUAGGAAAGGCUAGACAAAGAUCAUUGUUUGAUAUGCUAUUUAACAAUUAUUAUGGAAGUUGCAAGAAAAAACAUGAUGAUUAGAUAUUGAAAUGGAAUAGAUACAUGUGGAUAAUUUACUCCAUCUGGCCAGGUAGCUAUGAGUAUUAAUCUCCUCACACUUUGGGUGUGUAUUCUUGAACUGUAUGGGUAGAUAUCAAAGCUGUAGAUUUAAUGAUGGGUCCUAAUCAAUAUGCUGUUCUGGCAUCUUAUAUACAUCCAAAACCAAAAUAAUUUGCUCUGGUUUAUCCAAAAUAAUUAUCUGCUUGUAUGUGUUUGUGGUUUCUGCAGCAGAUGUGCACACCUUGUAGAUAAAUGCACUUUCAAUCAAGAGAGAUCAGUUGCAUUCCAAAUAACUAUAAUUCAUGGCUGUUAUAAAGAAGGCCUCUAUGUAUUAUUCCAGAGACAUGAAUCUGCUUUAUCCUCUGUAGUGAUCGAUGUAAACCACUCCUGUUUACUGCCCAAAGCCCAUUCAGACCAAUUCGGGGUAGUCAAAGUAACUAUUAUAUAGUCAGCAGUGGUAGGAUUUAAACUUGAAAGCUCCCACAAAACAGCUCAAUUUGUUACAUCUUAACCAGGAAACUCAGUGGGGAGUACUGAAGAGACAGAAGUUCCCCUCUUUUCUUUGAGAAAGUCAUCAAAUCUUCUAAAUCUCCAGCACCCUGUAGGUUAUUAACCUUUGAACAUUCAAAGCUGUGCUCCUAUACGGUGGUCACUGGACCGAGGUAAUAGGGAGAGCCAGAAUCCUUCAAAUGUGAGUCUGAAAGCCCAGCUUUCAAACUAAAUUCCUGGCAAGCACUCCCUUUGAGUUGAUACCCCACUGCUUACUUGUCUCUGGUAGAUGGGUGUGGCCCUGCAUAGUCGGGAAAAGGACUGUGUCGGUGAUGGAAGGAGCUUCAUAUCUAGAGUGUAUCCUGUGUAUAUCAAUCCUUCCAUUACUUCUCACUGUUGUCCAAGGGAAGCUUGAAAAAUGACAACCAUUGCUUUCCAGAAAGAGGGAGGAGGGGGAAAACUCCCAGCAAUUGAGAACAAAUUGUAUUUGAUGUUAUUUGAAUGGGAAUAGGCGAGGUAUAAACUUGACUCUUUAGCCUUUAUUUACAUGAAGGCCAAUAUCUACUAUUCAUAGUUACCUGUGGAUACUAUCUCAUGAUGUAUGUGGCACAUAUUACAAUAGGGAAACUCCAGUUCCAGCAGCCAAUGUUUGCUUCUGGAAGAAAUACAGGACUUCUCUAAUACCCAGGGAUCAGGAUGAACUGCCAGUUCAAAACUGAGUGCAGGGGC